AGAAAUACAUACUUGUUAAACAAUGUCUGGUAAUGUAGUGGAUGUAGAAGUAAAGGAGGAGGAUAAACGGAUUCAACUAGUUAGAUCCUCGUUCUCUUCCUAUCCUGACUUCCCUAAACCUGGAAUCCUUUUCCAUGAUAUCUUUGCUGUCUUCUCUAACCCUAUUGCUCUGGAGGCGUUGUUCAGCCUGGCAAAAGAUUAUGCCGAGUCCUUGAAGGAUGAUGUUGAUGUUAUUGUAGGAUUAGAUUCACGCGGUUUCCUCCUGGGUCCUAUUAUGGCAAACCAUAUUCAGAAACCUUUUGUUCCGGCCAGGAAGAAGGGUAAACUGCCUGGUAAAUGUGUAUCUGUAAGUUAUUCUCUAGAAUAUGGAGAUGAUCAGCUUCAAAUGCAAGAGUCGAGUAUGAAGCGAGCUGACCGGGUUCUAAUAGUAGAUGAUCUUCUUGCAACAGGAGGAACCAUGAAGGCUGCUGUAGACCUGGUUAAGAAGUGUGGUGGAGAAGUAGUCUCUACGUGGGUUGUUGUAGAACUAGCCGACCUCAAGGGUAGGCCGAAGAUACAAGCAAAGGUUGAGUCUCUUCUCCAGAUGUGAAAAGUAUCCGUACAUGUUGUAGAAGUCCUAGGGAGACAAACAGAAAUUCUCCCAGAUGUGAUAAUCUAAUAAAUACUUGCAGAUUUUUGUAUUUUUAUAUAUUUUUUUAUAGAUUACUCGUUUUUAAGAUUUAUUAUGUUAAAUUGCGCUGUAAUUGUUUUCAGGGAUAAAUAAAUAAUUUUCUAAAUUUAAAAA